UUUUUUUUGUUAUUGUGUUCGCUGUUUAUUAAAAAAAUUAUUUUUUUAGCAAGAAUGUCUUUCUACUUUUCAUUUUCUUUAAUUUUAAUUUUAACUUUCUUAACUAAAAUAAACUCUAAUCCAGCACCGAAUCCCUCUCCACUCUUUGGAAUCAGUAUAGGACGUCUACAAAGUUCAGGGGUAGAAGGCUAUUUAACCUGUCAAGGCAAACCUGCCGCAAAUGUUUUAGUCAAACUUUAUGACGAAGAUAGAGGUGAUCCCGACGAUUUAUUGGCUAAAGGAUAUACAGAUAAAAAAGGUUAUUUCAAAUUGGAGGGGCAUACACAUGAAAUUACUGAUAUUGACCCAAAAUUUAAUGUAUAUCACGAUUGUAAUGAUGGAACGACUCCUUGCCAAAGAAAAAUUUCUAUAAUGAUUCCAGACAAAUAUAUUACAGAAGGCAAAAAGCCAAAUACAUAUUAUGACGCUGGUACGAUUGAAUUAGAAGGAAAGUUUAAGGGGGAAGAACGUGACUGUAUUCAUUGA